GAGAGAGAGAGCGCAAAUUCCUCUUGGAGGCACAAAUGGAGGUCGGAAAAUUGGUCGUGGAGAAGGUCUUCGGGAAGUCAACCCUAACCCGCUGCUUCUCUAAAUACCCAUUGAAAUUCAUUAGCCCUAACAAGGUGGGCCCUUCCCAAAUUACCGACGCAGUGUGGAUUUACACCAUCACCUAUGGCGGAGGCAUCGUCUCUGGGGACUCCAUAGCUUUUGAAGUUACUGUGGGUGAUGGCUGUACUGCUGUUUUAACCACUCAAUCUUCCACAAAGGUUUACAAGUCUGUUGGGUCGAAAUGUAGCCAACAAAAGUUGGAGGUAAUCGACUAAUCGUGCUCUCUUCAAUUUUUUAUUCCUCAUCCAGAAUAAAU